AUGGAGCUUGUGGAAGUCGUUGCCUCCGAUGAAGUCGAUCCGGAGGUGCUGGAGGCGCAGCAACUUUUCGUGGCGCUAGAAUUCCCCGCCCGGUUCGGUUCCAAGGUCAUGAAGCAUCUCUCCUCCAAUUUUCAGCCUCUAACGGAGCUUGGAUUUGCGCACCUUAAGCGUUUAAAGAAGCAUCCGGAAGCUCCGAAAAUGCUCGUGGCACUAGUUUGUCCCCUAAAAUCCAAUGAUCUAGCGUCUCUUGCACCGCGCACUCGCGAGCUGUUCGAGAAGCAUACAAGAUGUUGGCCUCUAAUUUUCCACGCCAGCGUUGAAGAAGCUGCAGCGUUGCCUCCAAUCGAAAAGGAGGAAAAGGAAAAGAUGGAGAAACAUCUUAGAACGGCAAUCCAAAUUGGAAAGCAACUGAAGAAGGAGAGACAGAAAACGUUGAGCUGUGCAUGGGGCUGUGCUAUCGUGGACCCCGAGCUGGACGCGCAAGUUGUCGCGUCGGAAGUGCAUGGUGACAUGCAAGUGAAAUACAAAUACGAGACGCUGUAUCACCCCGUUAUGGUGGCAGUCGACGGUGUUGCAGAGCGUGACCAACGACGAGAAGCUGAGGACGAUGAAGAGACGGCACGCAAGAAGCAGAAACGAAAUCUUGGCUGA